GCGAGGUUGUUUACGUUUAUUUUCUGUAGUGUUAUGGCUCCUGUUUAAUACAUUUUAUUAAAAAUACAAUAAAAUAACGUUAUGAUUGGAAUACGUAGUCAGGAUUUUUGUAGAUGAUGGAUUUAAAGUGACAUUACUACAAGAACGUGUUUUGGAUAUUAAUACCCGAGUUCUUAAGCGAGAAUAUGUAACAUAUUUUGUUGUUUUUGACUGACAUUUUAUCAUCGAGGGUUCAAGGCUACAGGGAUGUUUGUGUAACGACUCACUGAAUGCAUUUACACAUCAAAAUGGACUUUAUUCGUUCUAAUAUAUAUCGGAAUAUACAUUGAUAAUUGUUGUAUCAAGCUACGAUCAUGUAAUCGUGACCAAAAAAAUUGAGAUUUUCACCCAAAACGUGAUUAAACCAUCGCCCGUUGUACGGGUCUCGUCGAUUCAUUGAUAAUCUCACCGCCAUUGGAAGUGUAAACAAGUGUCAAGUCGCUUUAUUUGUUCAGAGCUGGGUCAAAGCGCCCGAUGUGUAGCCCUUCAGAGCUAUAUUACCUAACAUCUAGCAUGUAUUUAUCAGAAGUCGAGCAAUUUCAAAUAUGUUUUUAAAGGGCAGUUAUAUAGUAGGACUGUAUUAUUUGGUGUCCUUGUUGUGUCAUGCCCCACGUGCUGAAAGUGAAGUAGUCAUUGUAAAAGAAGUGCAAAUUUUAAGCCCCGGAAAGGGUAUUGACUCAUUUGGGUGGUUCCAAAUCAAGAAUCAUGGAAACUGGACGAUUGUAUGCGACCAUGAGUUUACUGAGACUUUAGCGGACCUGACUUGCAGACAACUUGGCUUUCCUGAGGGUGGAACAUUCAUGAUAUUGACCAAAUCAAUGCAGGGGAGGCGAAUCGAACCAGCGACUAAUUUCAACUUUGACUGUAUUGGCAAUGUACCCAACCUUGCUGCCUGCUAUGUCACGACAAAUGGUUCUUGUUUGAACGGAAUUGGCAGUAUUGGACUUAUGUGCCACAAACCGGUCACACUCUAUGGAGUGUACAACAAUGAGGAUAAGCAGUUUAUGGUCAGUAUCGACAACAUGACAAACGUCACAAUGUGCUACAAGGAAAAGAUGCCGGAGCAGAUCGCAAACAUUGCGUGCAAGCAGUUCGGCCAUCCGCGUGGUGGGCGCUUUGUACAAGGAGAUGAAGUACAGCGACAACAGGACAUGUUACCUUCACUAACAUUCCGUUGCGGGGCAGGGGAAGACCGACUCGAGGAUUGUGAAGUUCUCUCUGAGGAUGUUUGCUUAACCAAGCAUGGAACCAACCUGCUAUGCAAAGAACCCGUCCAAAUUCAGGAAGUUCGACUUAAGACGCGCAAGGAGACGAGUUACGGAGUUCUGGAAGUGAAGAUCAGGGAUAGUUGGUACUGUAUCUGCGGCGAACAGACCAUGUUCAGCAAGGAAGACACUAACGCCAUCUGUAGGCAGCUCGGCUUCUCAGAAGGAGUCUUCCACUUUGAAAUGAUGGAAUACUGUGCGAACCAGGAAGUAAAGCUAGCGCCUCUAGUGUUUGGCUGCUCAGGGAACGAGACGCAGCUGGAGUCAUGCUCUGGCCUCUAUCUGGAUGGGGAUCGCUGCCUUGAAACGAUGAACAUGAAUCAGGAUGACCGACGUGACAUGAAAUACACCACCAUCUCCUGCAGCAAACCAGUCGCUAUCAGAGACAUAAGACUGGUGGGGUCCAAGGCGGCAAAUUAUGGUGUUCUACAGGUCAAGCUAGACCCCUCAGGGCCAUACUAUGCUGUGUGUGAUGAUAUGUUUGAUGACAGCAUGGCCAAAGUCGCCUGCCGGCAGCUCAAGUAUACUGACGCCAGAUUCCAGCCAGGGUCAGCUCUCGGCAACAACUACGAAAUUGUUGGUUUAAAGAUGAAGAGCUGUAGAAAUGGAACUAACACGAACCUGAACGAUUGCGACAUGAACAAGAUGUGGGGCUGCAUCUCCCGGAGUUACGUCACCCUGUUUUGUAGUAACGAGGCUAUUCAGGAAGAGCCAAUGCAGGUACAGCUGCGCAGCAGUAAAAACUAUGGUGGCCUGUGGGUGAAGAAGUAUGGUUUCUGGGGCCCUGUCUGUGACCUGGGCUGGACGGACACCGAGGCUGAUGCGGCCUGCCAAGCCCUUCAGUUUGAGGGCGGGGUUUCAUACUUCUACUCCUUUAACCAAUCCAAUCUACCGAUCGCCGUAGGUCGCUUCAACUGCUCUGAUCCUAAUGUGCCGUUCACUGAGUGCAGCCAUAAGGGGUUUGGGGAGGAUCUUGGAUGCCAGUACCCAAUAACGACAUACUCCAAUCGCAGGGCAGCUGGGGUGCUCUGCUUUAAAAACCCAGACAAUGAUAUCAAGUUUCGUCUGUCGGAUCGCUGGUAUGGCACAGUGGAAAUCAAGUAUGACAACCAGUGGGGCCGAGUUUGCAACACAAACUUCAAUGACAUUGAUGCCAGCGUUCUGUGUCACCAGCUCGGCUACACUGACGGGCGUGUGAGCGGACGGCAGACACGACCUAGCUCCGGCUUCGUUCACAUGGAUAACAUCAACUGCACGGGGAACGAGGCCUCGAUAUUGGAGUGUGAGCACGAGGGUUACUGGGCUCCACAGGGGAACACCAAGAUUUGCAAUGACGCUGCUGUCAUAUGCAACACAACCAUUUGCCCGAGUCUGGAUAUUCGAAAUAAGGUCGAGCAGCUGAGCAUUCUUGAGAACUGCACAGUGAUUGAGGGCAAUCUCACAAUCCUGCUUAUCGACUCUGCAUCCAUGAAAGACUACGAGAAAUACUCGUUCCCAAAUCUUGUAGAGAUCACAGAGUACCUGCUGCUGUUCCGUGCUGACGGGUUGAAGACCUUAAGUGGGCUGUUUCCAAACCUGGCAGUGGUCAGAGGGGACCAGUUGCUGUAUGGUUAUGCUGUUGUGGCCUUUGAGAUGCCUGACCUUGAGGAACUUGGUCUGCCGAGUCUCGUAUCAGUGCCACGUGGUGCCGUCAGACUCACACACAACCCAAAUCUGUGUUACGUGAAGACCAUUGACUGGACGAAGAUUGUGAAGAGCCAUGAGGAUAACAUGUUCAAGCAAAACAAGGCCCCAUCAGAGUGUGUGGACCGAUGUCACGAUACUUGCCCGAAGGUUCCUGUCAAUGGCAAGGAGGAACAGUUCUGCUGGGGUUACUCAGAAAAUGAAUGCCAGAAAAUGCUCACGUGUCCAGCAACAUGUAAGUCUGGUGUGUGCACCGGAAACAUUUGCUGCAGCAGCCACUGCCUUGGCGGAUGUACAGGGACAGAGCCCAGCCAGUGUACCACAUGUAAGGACGUUGUGAAGCAAGACAAUGAUGGCUUCCCCAUGUGCACCAAGAAAUGUUCACCUGGAACUUAUAUGUACCGUAAACACCGAUGCCUGUUGGACCAUGAAUGUCUGAACUUCCAGGACUACAAGACAGCCCAGUGUACACUAGGGGACAACAUCACCAAGAACUGCCUCAAGCUGGUUGUGUAUGAUGAUAUCAGCAUGCCCGGAGAGUGUGCCACAGACUGCCCCCACAACUUCCAUGUGGACCCGACAAACAACCAGAGGUGCAUCAAAUGUCCGAACAACAGCUGUCCCAAAAUUUGUCGUGACGGAGCUCUGGUCGACACAAUUGCAGCAGCCCAGCAACUACGGGAGUGUAACAUCAUAGAAGGACCACUCCACAUCAACUUUCUUCGUGGCAAUCAUGUGGGUGAGGAGCUGGAGAGAAGCCUUGCGCACAUUGUGGAGGUGACCCACUACAUCAAGAUCACCCAUGCAGAUGCCAUCGUCUCUCUACACUUCUUCAGGAACCUCAAGAAAAUCGGUGGAAAGGAACUACAUGCUAACAAGUAUGUCCUGUACGUGUACGACAACCAGAACCUUAUGGAACUCUUCAGCAAGGAGGUGGCAGAAAAUCUCACCAUCGGCAACCGCUCUCUUGCUUCCCUCCACUUCCAAUACAACCACAAACUCUGCUACAACAAGAUCACCAGCUUUGCAGACGCUAUUGGCUUUGGGACCAAACUGGAGACGGGUCUUGAGGCAACAAAUGGGGACGGAGUUCCUUGUGACAUUCAGAAGCUGGACCUUGGGGUGCUCACCACCACACCCCACAUCUGUAUCCUCAACUACAGCAGACUCAAAAUGAUAGACUACCGCCACCUGAUUGGCUACCAGAUCUUCUGGAAGGAAACUGAUGCACAGAAUAUCUCCAUCUACAGAAACCGAGACGCCUGUUCAGAUGACAUUUGGCAAACGAAGGAGAUUUGCACAGAUUCAUCAAAGGACUCUGAAUCGUCAAAGGACUCAUGUCGUGGUCCAGAUGCUAAUGGGAUUACAUACAUCACAGCCCUGAAGCCAUGGACACAGUACGCUAUCUACAUCCAGGCCAUCACCAUCACUAAGGCUGCCCAGGGAGCCAUCAGCGACGUCAUCUACUGCAGGACAAAUGCUGAAGUUCCAUCGAGCCCGAUGAACCUACAAGUUCAGGCAUUGCAUCCCGGAGAGCUGAAGAUAACAUGGGACCCUCCUAGCAAGCCCCGCGGAAAUGUGACCCACUAUCAGGUCUACUGGACACUCAGACAUAUCAACGCCUCCACAUACGAACUCAGGGACUACUGCACAUAUCCAUUGACACCAUACAACUCAAGAAUCGGAAACGAUGAAGAGGAGGAAGGAGAAUCACCGGACUCUGAAUCCGGCAGCAGGAACGCCACUGACAGUCUUGAAGGUGUGUGUCCAUGCCAGUGCCCAGAGACUGAGGAGGAACGCAAAGCAGAACAGCGCGAGCGCGAGAUGGAGAUCGUCUUCCACGACUACUUGCAGAACAAAGUCUAUGUGAAACGGCGUAAUAAGAAAGAAGGAUCAAACUGCCUGGAUCAAGCAUCCACCACAUUGGGCGCUCAGAGAAAGGCGAAGCGUUCAAGUCGCCCGCGCCGGUCUACUGACAACCAUUACUCGUACGAGGACAAUACUGGCACGCCGGUCAUAGACGAGGUUGACACGACCCAGGAGUUGGUCCCCAGUCCAAGCCAAGAGCCUGCAGUGGAGACAGAUGUGAUGAACGCCCAUAUGGCUGACGUCUACCAGGAGACCUUCUUCAUUAUAUCAGGCCUCGGACAUUUCCAAGAUUACAAAAUUGAGGUGAUAGCGUGUCAGGAGAGGGAAGAUGAUGUUGGCUCCAUUAACAAGGCGGCCCGGCGACAUGACAUGAAGAUGAAGUGCAGUCAGGAGGCCAUCGGCUCGGGCAGAACCAAUCCAGAAGAAAAAGCAGAUGGGAUCAACUCCUCAUCUGUUGCAUGGUUGCCGGUUGCCAACCAGACAAAUGCCGUACACAUCACCUGGGAUGACCCACCCAAACCCAAUGGCCUUAUUGUCACAUAUGAGAUCGAGUACAAGAAGUCAAACAUCCAACAUGUGAAGCCAAACACUAUCUGUAUUACGUACAAAACAUAUCGAGACAAGGGUAAACAUGGGCAUACACUGGACCGCCUAGAGCCCGGCAAUUACACCUUCCGUAUCCGGGCUACCUCCCUUGCUGGUAACGGAUCAUGGACAUCUGAACUCGUCUUCCUUAUCAAGACACCACCAGAUGAUGAUGGGAACCUGUAUGUGGUGGUGAUUGUUGUCGUUCUUAUUGUCGUUGGUAUUCUCGCUGCCGCUGGUAUCACUAUGUGGGUCCUCUUCAAACGCAAGUUAACCAAUGCUAUGAGAGACACAAUGUUUACAUCUGCUAAUCCCGAGUAUUAUCCAGAUGUAUGGGUGUAUCAGCCAGACGAGUGGGAGGUAGACCGCGAGAAUGUUAAACUCAUUAAGGAGCUGGGCACGGGCUCGUUUGGUAUGGUGUAUGAGGGACUAGUGAAACUCACUGAUGACGAGGAACCCAUAAGCGUUGCUGUGAAAACAGCAAACGCCCAGAGCAACGACCAUGACAGAUACCAGUUCCUGCAGGAAGCCUCCAUUAUGAAAGCGUUCCAAUGCCACCAUGUAGUUCGUCUGAUCGGUGUGGUGUCCAAAGAACAGCCGGCUUAUGUUCUCAUGGAGCUCAUGCCACAGGGAGAUCUCAAGAACUUCCUCAGGCUUCACCGCCCUGAUGAUCCAGAAAAUGAUGGUCGACAGCCUCCGUCACUGAAGCAGAUCCUGCAGAUGGCAGGUGAAAUAGCGGAUGGGAUGGCAUACCUAGCAGACAAGAAAUAUGUGCAUCGUGACCUUGCCGCCAGAAACUGUAUGGUCGGGAACGACCUCACAGUCAAAAUUGGAGAUUUUGGGAUGACGAGAGACAUAUAUGAGACAGAUUACUACAGAAAGGGUAGUCGGGGCCUGUUACCAGUCAGGUGGAUGUCCCCGGAAAGUCUCAAGGACGGGGUCUUCACUAGCAUGACAGACGUCUGGUCAUAUGGUGUUGUGUUGUGGGAGAUGGCCACUCUGGCGGCCCAGCCUUACCAGGGGCUUGCCAAUGAACAGGUUCUCCAGUAUGUCGGCUCUGGGAAAAUCAUGGAGAUGCCUGAAAGAUGCCCACAUAAACUGUAUGAUUUAAUGGUAAAGUGUUGGCGAUAUAGACCAAAACAGAGACCUACAUUCAAGGAAAUUAUAGAAUCAUUGUUACCAGACUUAGAUCCAUCUUUCAAAGAUGUAUCAUACUUCUUCAGUGAAGAGAAUGCAAAGUAUGAAGAAUCAAAACAGGGGGCUGCCUUGCCCAACCCCAAUGAGGAGAGGUUACAACCAAGUGAUAUAGAGGAUGAUGAGGACGAGGAUCAUCAGCGAUGCCCAAUGAACGAUUAUGUAGAUGAGGCUCAGUUACCUAUGUUAGGUGUGGGGGCCUCAAAUGGGCACAGUGUAGAGUUACAGGAUAUAUUCAGUGAUACGGGGACAUACCCCCAUUAUGGUGGCUCUCAUAACAGACAGCAUGUGGGUUCUGCAGAAGUGUGUGACUGCACGGCCCCAUUCCGUGACGUGGAUGAGGGGGCCGCAGCUCAGAGUAUAGACCUGUACAACAGGCGGAGUGUAUGCUCCAGCCCCAACAGUGCAAUCGGUGGCUCUAGUGAUGGAAGUAAAGACAGUAGUAAAAGUUCGAGCAGUAGUUAUGCUCACAUGAACGGACUGAGUGUAGCCAAUGGACAUGUACCUGUAAGCAUGCGAACUACCCCCUGCUAGCACAUGUGACCCCUCUUGUUGUAAAUAGCAGCCCCACUUGACACAUACUGGUGGAGAAAUAAGAUACACAACACAGAUGGAAUGGUUGAUGUGUGAUUUCUCUCACGUGAAAAGUGAAUGCUGCAGUUGUAGCAGGCAGUUUGUAGCUGUGUCAUUACUGGAAGUUCAUUAGUGCUGGAGAUGGCAGCUGAAGGCAGCAGCCUCUCUGCAUGUGGUAGGACUUUAAUCCCUACACAAGGGCACCGCCUGCCCGCCAACCCAGGGUCAGGUUCUGAGAGAGUCGUGUUGUGUAAAGGCUGCUUCACUCAUAGAGAGGGGGAGACGGUCACUGGUCGGUGCUAGCCGCCGACGGCAUUCUCUACAUUGUGAUACUUUGACAAUCAGCUUCUCUUGUGUGCUGGACUUAAGAGACAAUUAGGAAACUGAUUGUACUUGCAUUGCGUCAAAAUGUCAUGUCACUUACUUCAUAUAGGUAGUCACUCCAUCGUUCAUAUUUAUGAAAUAACAUGUAGAAUUAUGUUUGAUAAAAUAAUAGAGUUUAUACAGAUACAGUUCAAAAUUGUGUUAAAUUCAGACCCUAAUUAACGUAAGAUAACGCAUAAACAGAGCUUUUUCAGUCAUUGAUCUGACAUUUGUUCAAAAUGAUUCUCAGACUCAUAUCUGUUCUGAAUGUUUCAAUUUUAGUGCUGUUAUGCUAUCGUUUUAAAUUUACAAUAAUAAGACAUUUUUUAAUUAAGUUUUAAAUUAUUUUACAUAGUAACAGUUACUUCCAAGUAAAGUCGGAAGGACAAAACCAUAAGAGGAGCACAUGGAAGGUUUCUUUAUGCUGUUUGAUAAGCUCAUCGCAGUAAAACCAAAAAUGUGUCUUUAAUAUUAUAUGAAGAAGUCCAUUGCCAAAGCAUGUUUUUGCAUUAACUUCACUGACAUAAUUGUAUUGUUUUAGAAUAAUGUGCCGGUAGAAAUGAACAAGUAUCAACUGCUGGUAGAGAUAAUUUAUGUUAAUUUAAGGCAUUGAAUAUUUUUAUUAAAGUGAACUUAUGAAAAAUCUUUUAAAAUACAAACGCUCCCACAUUUUGACUAUGUACAUGUUCAAUAUUGUAUACAAAUACAAGUAUUCUAGUUGUCUUUACAUUCCCUUCAAAUGAAAACACGUCAAAUUUGUUCUCGUAUUGUAGAACAUAACUUUGAUCCAGCAUACCGCUGCCGCUGGUCAUCCCUCAUCACAGCCUCAUUGUAAAUAGACUUCACUAUCAAGUGCCACACAAACAUGUUCUAAACAGAUAUCAAUCAUAUGUCAAAAUGGUACAUGAAAAUAGUCAUUUUAGAUUUUAAACCUUUAAAAGAUGGUAAGGAUUCGUUAUGCAGAUCAAAGGCUAUGAUAUAGUUGGUAAUCUUGUAAUAUUCUCUUGUCACUUCUGCCUUUCAGUGUAGCCAAUCAAGAAUAUAAUGAAAAUUGGAGCCAAUUCAAACAUGUUAUAUAUGAUGUAUUCAAACGUGCUAUAUAUGAUGUAUGUACCAUUCAUUAUGUGUCAAAAGUUUAUUAAGGAAAGAUUUUUAUACAUAUAUAGGCACCUUGCAGUGGGUGGAUGUAAAGCAAAAGGCUUAUCUAAGCUGGUAUAGGUUAGAACACAUAUAGUGUUUGGCAUUUUUUGUAUAUAGUGAAAUUUCAACAGCUAUAUUUUUAAAUGAAUUCAGUUUUUAACUUUUAAAUAUUAAAGCUACAGUCUGUUAUGUUUUCAAAUGUUCUUGUCCAUAUUUAAGACCAGUCAUGGUCAUCAGACUAUAUAUUUAUCUGUCUCAGUUACUUUAUUUGUUUAACUGAAAAAUUAGAUAAAGCCUUUGAAUUACGGUUGGACCCGCUGCUUUAUUGCCGACACAUUUUUAGAUAAUCUGAGGUUCACACUUUUUACUAUGAUCAUGUUAAGAUACUGUUUUUCUAUUUAUUUAUUUGCCAUUAAACGUGUUGUGUGAAUACCUCUCUGUGUAUAUAGGAUCAUGGUUGAAUGGCUGCAUACUGUGAUAUUUCUUGGUAAAUAUUUCAUGUAAAGACUAGCGUCUGAGGGAUAAAUGUCACCCAAGGCUUAUAUUGUAUCUUCUGUGCCAUAACUCACAGUACUGUACCUGCACUAUACUGGCAGUAAUUGCUGUUUUUAUUUUACAUUAUGAUUUUGUGUUGAAAAAUAUAGUUGGCUAAGAGUUCAAUGGCCAAGUCUUAAUAAAUAUAAGGUUUGAAGGUGUCUGUGAUUAUCCAGUGACCAAUAUGAAAUAAAUUAAGAACUCCUUAUAUCAUUAUGUUUUAGGGUGAAAAAAAACAUGCAUAAAAGAAUAGGAACAGUAAUGACUUGCCAUGUGUUUUCUAUUAAGUACUGAAAUAUUGAUUUACUCUUCAAGGUUUUUUCAGAGAAUUGUGAUACAUUUUGCUUAGCUUGAUCAAAUACAACAAGUGUUUUCUCCUUCAAAUGCAUCUGUGCUCUAUGUUAGCUGUGUUUUAAUAAAACAUAUAUACUAAUUUAGUUACAGUGGAUUAAGGUAACCUUGUAGUCUAGAAUAUACCAAGAAUAUAUUGUAAGAAAUGUGCUGGAACGCUGUUGAUAAGAUGCAACCAUUUAUACAUUGUUUUUCAUAACAAAAAUUAAGAGAAUGUUUAUGGGAAUCCAAACACAAUCUAGGAGCAGGCCUCUGGAGCUGUUUGUUAUACCUCUGUGUUUAGUGUCUUACCUCAUUCUACUAUAGCCCCUUUCAUACAUGGAUUCUCCCAUGUGCUAGUUGUCAACACUAAGUAUUUGUUAAAAUCAUGUCAACAAUUUCAGAAUCUCAUUUUCUGACCCGAUUCUUUAUGCAUCCUAUAAAUCAACUAUUUACUAUUUACAAACAUUGUUAGAAUUCAAGACAAAGAAAUGUAUUAAAUUAGUUAAGUCAAUUUGAAUUAUUUUCAUAUACCCAUUUUAUCCAUCUACCUUAUAUAUUGUGACAGAAAUGCUGUAGUCCUAUUACAAUGCAAGUAGCCAUUUUGGUUGUGAGUAACUAAUGAUAUAAUAUAUGAAUGAGAGAUAAAUGGGUUAUGCAGCCUGUAAAAAUGCCAAUAUUAUCAUUCAAUUGACGGGUACUUCUGUUUGUUAUAAUGACAUGGUACAUACUGGUAUAUUUAAGUUAGGAAAAGCAGGACUUAAUAUUAUCUUGUAUUUGCAGUAUAUUAUGAAACACAUAUUUCGGUUGUGACUGGGUAGCUUUAUUUAUUUCUUGCAUAAGAAUACCUCGUUUGUUGAAAUUCUUUGAAAAAUUUAACAAUAUGUUGAUUGUAUUAUAAUUUUGUUGCAGUAUUAAUAACUUUAUGCCAAAAUCAGAGGUCACAUUACAAUUUUCUAUCUGAGUGUUCUUACCAAUAGCUUUAAACCUAACCCCAUUAUGAAUGGUAAGAAUUUUCUGCUUGCUACUAGUGUGUGGAAUGGUAACUGUAAUGUACAUCUGUAUGUCUUCUUGCAAACUAUGAGCUGUAUAUUGUCAAAAUGUUUUGUGGAUAUUGUUCAACUUCUUUGCUCAUGCUUUGUAAAAUAAUUUAAUAAUUAAAUGGAUGUGUAUUGUAAGAUGAACUCUCCAAGUCCUUUGUCUGCUGUGCAAAACCAUUACUUUCAUAAUAUCUACAUGCUGAACAAUGCAUUUAUGGUUUUUGACAUCUAAAAUGUAGCAGAAGAUUUGUAACUAAGGCAGAUUGUAUUUCUGUAAAACAUGUACAUGUACUUUGAGCCACGCUAGUGUCUGGAUGGCUCAACACCAAGAUGAGAUGUAAAUGUUGAGACACUAUUGUAAUAGAAUGGAGCUGGAGACUUUUAAUCAUGAAUGUCAAGACUUUAAUAAUUAUAUGUGAAAUGUCAAUCUCAUGUAUAUGGUAUUAGCUGACGUGGGGAGCAGACAGGGCUGCAUAUCGAGAAAGAACCCUGAAAGUCCUGGCCACGCGUUGUCUGCUUCCCACGCCAGCGGGAUUUCUGGUCACAUAGAUAAUACAUUCAUAUCAUCAUUGUAAUAUAUUUCUUAAUUACAUGUGUAAACAAUUGCUGAUCUAUUAAACUAUAUAAAUGUA